AUAGAACCGGUUCAGAGGUUUGGUCUAAACAUGGAGUAGGGUCUGGUUGUGAACCACUUGGAAUGUCAUGGGCUAAUGCGUAAUGGUAUAUUUUCAAGCUUUAGGGUUUUGUAGGUUAAAGUUUUCUCACUCUAAAUUGCAGUUUUUGGAAGGGAAAUCUCAAACGCAGAUACACAAAGAUGUUGGACAUCAAUUUGUUCAGAGAAGAGAAAGGCAACAAUCCUGAAAUCAUCCGUGAGUCUCAACGCCGCCGAUUUGCCAACGUUGAACUCGUUGAUGAAGUCAUUAAGCUUGAUAAAGAAUGGCGUCAACGCCAAUUUGAGCUGGAGAAUCUCAGAAAGGAGUUCAACAAGAUCAACAAGCAAAUUGCUCAGCUUAGAAUAGCUGGUGAGGAUGCGUCCGAGAGGAUUAAAGACACUGAAGAAAAUAAAAGGUUGUCUGCUGAGAAAGAUGUUGAAGCUAAGGAUGUGUUAAAAAAGUUGAACUCCAAAUUGGAAAUAAUUGGAAACCUUGUGCAUGAUUCCGUUCCCGUCAGCAAUGAUGAGGCUAAUAAUGUUGUUAUCAGAUCGUGGGGUGAGAAACUAGUAAAACCGAAACUGAAGAAUCAUGUUGAUCUUGUUGAGCUUCUUGAAAUUGCAGAUACUAAAAGAGGUUCUGAAAUAGCAGGAGGUAGAGGCUACUAUCUAAAAGGAGCUGGUGUGCGUUUGAACCAAGCUUUGAUAAACUAUGGCCUUGACUUUUUGGAGAAAAGGGGUUAUACAGAACUGCAGACUCCUUUCUUCAUGAGAAAAGAUAUCAUGGCUAGAUGUGCUCAAUUGGCUCAAUUUGAUGAAGAACUUUAUAAGGUUACUGGUGAGGGUGAUGAUAAAUAUCUAAUUGCCACGGCUGAACAACCACUUUGUUCAUAUCAUCUUGAAGAUUGGAUUCAUCCUUCCCAGUUGCCCUUAAGGUAUGCUGGAUAUUCAUCUUGCUUUCGUAAAGAAGCAGGUUCCCAUGGCCGAGAUACUCUUGGAAUCUUCCGAGUCCAUCAAUUCGAGAAAGUAGAGCAAUUUUGUAUCACCAGCCCUAAUGGCAAUGAUUCUUGGGACAUGCAUGAAGAGAUGAUAAAAAAUUCCGAGGACUUCUACAAGACGUUAAAUAUCCCAUACCAAGUUGUAGCUAUAGUUUCUGGUGCAUUAAAUGAUGCAGCUGCCAAGAAAUAUGACUUAGAAGCAUGGUUUCCUGCAUCUCAGACUUACAGGGAGUUAGUAUCAUGUUCUAAUUGCACUGACUAUCAGUCCAGAAGGUUAGAGAUCCGAUACGGUCAGAAAAAGAGCAACGAGCAGACGAAACAGUAUGUGCAUUUGCUAAAUUCUACACUCACAGCAACAGAAAGGACUCUAUGCUGCAUUCUUGAGAACUACCAAAAAGAAGAUGGGGUUGAAGUACCUGAAGUUCUACGACCAUAUUUGGGUGGAAAGGCAUUUCUACCCUUCAAAACUAAACCGACGGUGAACGAUUCCAAAGGGAAGAAAUCGAAGGCCUAAUUGUAUACUUUUCUUUUCUCUCCCUUUGAAUUAUUAAAUUUUCUGACUCGAGGAAAAAGGAAAUUGCUCAGAAUAUUGUGUUGGAACUUCAAAUUAUCUUUUGGUGGGUAUUGAAUUAUGUUAAAGUUAAACACUAACUACUAGCCACCAUGGCUGUUACCGUUGAUUCAUCUUUUGAAACCUACUUUUGUUUUAGCAUUGGUAUACGCUCUAAAAAAUUGUUAUAAAUUGAAGUUCCACAUAUCUGGGUUUGUUUUAUUUUUUGAUUCAGAGAAGUUUGAGCAAAAUUUUUGAGAUUGAUGUGACAAAGGUUUAGAGUACCCUUGGAUUCUAAAGUAAUUUUGUUGGGGUUUUGCAGGGCUGGCAAUCGUUAUCAGUCUUGUCAAGCAAGCCCAAAGCUCACUCCAAUUAUGAAAUUCUUGGACCAUUCCCACAUGGUCUGGAAACUCUUAUUUAGAAAAUUUAGAUUUGGUUUGAGAUAUUGCUAGGGAAUGCCUUUUGGCUUAAUAUAGCUUUUGCUUUUAUAAACCCCACUCACAUCAUGUCGACCAGUUUCGAUCGAUUUGUAGGAAAUUGAAGUUGUUAAUUUAUGCUAGCAAUUUGAUGUUUAUUUUCUUUGGCAAUUGUUACUGAGUUUAUACAGACCUAUUUUGGUAUCAAAUGAAAAUUUUGAUGUGAUCAAUAA